AUGGUUGUACUCGUAGUAAUCUGUGCAGGGUUUUGGAUAAAGCGAGAAUACGGCAAGGAUAAAACAGGAGGUACGCCUAAAGAAACAUUUAACGAUAGCGCCAUGAUCGAAAAAGAGAAAAAAGUUUUGUCUCUUGCUUCUGCUGAAAACAGUCCAGUUGAUCACAAACAGAUGGUCAGCGAUUGUUUGUGUAAAAUAGUGGACCGAUACGGCAAUUCUUUCAAGCUACUAGGAGCAGACUCUAACGGGCUUUUUACCAAGGACAAUGCACUCGUUAAGCUAUUCACCGACUAUCUGUAUGUUAACGUCCUUGCUUUUAAAGGAAAUCGUAUUGAGUUAAGCACAGUACUAGACUCCUUAGUUGCGCCUGUGAAGAACAGAAGAAGGUACGAGUAUAGAACCGUUAAAGAUGAUUCUGUACAAAUAGCUGUUUCCCCCGAGCUGGUUGGGAGUAGUGAUGACCUCUUGAACAUCUUAUUGACUUUCGUAGACUUGCAGUAUGGAUCAGCAAAUAUUCUUAGUAUAUACAAUGCCUCACUCUCUGAAAACUUUGUGCUGUCAAAGUUCAAUUGUCUUGCUGAUCUAGAGCAGAUGCUAUUGCUUUGCACAUCGAUACACUCUAAUGCCUUUAAGGACAUAGAGAAUCUUAAAACACUUAAAAACUUGGUAAUGGCUGACAAAACGGUGCUACUUGGCGAUGGAAAUGUAAAAAUAAGCAUACCAAAUUUAAAAUAUCUAUUGAUAGAGAAGCUGGAGGAAAAACAGGUUGAGCGCUUUUUGUGCUCCACAGAUGCAAAGUAUUCGUCUUUUGAUUUAAAGAUCAGAAUGGUAAGUCUGUCCAAUGCUCAGAUCAUUUCUAGUCUCUCCUAUAUAUCUUCUCUAAACUCAUUUGAGUUGAAUGGAGUGGUGUUUAAAGAAGUGCCUGACUUUACUUUUAUCAAGAAAAGCAAGAAUCUGGAGAAUCUAAAGAUUCUGGAUGUAUUUUACGGAUAUGAUGAGAAGUACAGUGAGGACUCACUCCCAAAGAUUAGAAAAAAUGUAGAUUACUUGAAUGUAAGCCAAGUCUCGCAUAAAUACGAGACAUACUCGGAAAAAGUAAAAAAGAUUAUUGAAGAGAAUAGAACGGUAGGAGAAGAGAUUGCCCCAUCGUCUAUUGAUGUGAAUAAUAGUAUCUACCAUGAUUUAGGACUUAGCAAAGUCAAAGGAAGACAUUUCAGCUGUAUGAAUAUUACAAUUUCUCUUCUUAAAGACAAUAGCUUCUCAGAUGUAGUAUCAUACAGAUUGUAUUUUCAUGUAGAUAUGACACUCAAUGCUUAUUCUCUUUCAAUUUUUACAAAAUCUAACAAACCAGAUACUAUAUUCCAUGCCCAUAAAACUCAUGUUGUGCUGCCUUAUAGCUCUUGCAAAAACUUUGAGCGUUUAUACUUGCAAUUCUACCACGAAAAUGAAAUAACAGAGCCAUUUGUAAAUUUCUUUGUAAAAAUGCUAUUUUUAUAUACACAUCCCAGCGACAUUAAAGAAGUAUUUUUUACAUCAGAAGUAGUUGCUCCUAUAAACAUAAACACUGUCUUUGAAAUUAGCAGGUAUUUUAAAAAUAUAAAAGAAGUGCAGCUUGAAAAUUACAAACUUUUACAAACCAGAAGUAAAGCUGUCUCCAGAAUAAAUAACAUACCUGACUAUGAUAUAUAUACUGAUGAUGAUAGAAAGUUAACAAACAUAGUCUUUGCGCGAAAUACUUAA